CACACGCGGACCCUCUGUCGGGACUCCGCUCUCAGCCGUCAGUCUCAGUCGCGAGUCGCGUUUGUUAACUUACGGUACUUACUCGCUUGUCAAUUGUUGAACAUUACAUACAUAGUCUUCACUGUUAUUAUUAGGUAGUCUAAAUACGUUAGUGUUAAUUUCCUUUCAGAUUAUUAAAAUGGCCCAAGGUAACCCCGUGUUUGAUUACCACGAAGAGUCUCAAAGCGAGAAAUUAGCGCGUAAAUCGAAGGAAUCUCCGUUUAUGAUUAUUGGUCUGGGCGGACUGGCGGCGGCGGUGGGCGUGGGCGCGUAUCAGUACAAGCGGCGCGGCGCCAUGAGCACCAGCGUGUUCCUCAUGCAGUUCCGCGUGAUCGCGCAGGGCGCCGCCGUGGGCGCGCUCACCGCUGGCAUGGCCUACACCCUCUUCAGGAAUCACUUCUUCAAGCCCAACAAGGAGGACAUCAUCGGCGCCAUCAAACCUAAUGGACACUGAUGCUCAAAUAUUGCAAAUCUGCUUGGUGUCUUAGUUUAAUCGAUCCGCAACCAUCUUCCUAGCACAAUAGCGUGAUUAGCGUCUAAUCAUCUCGCGGCACCCGCGAUUGUCUAUUUUACAAAACGAGUGAUUUUAUAUGUCAUAUAAGUAAAUAUUGAUGCUCGAGGAAGUGAGAGUAGUGAGCAAAGCAAGGAUUGUGAUAUACCUACUUUAUUAGUAUAGGUUCUAAACUUUCAGUUACACACAGAGAAAACAUACUUUUACGCUGACGACCAGCGCGUAACAAAUAGUACUACGUAAUUUACUUGUUUUAUAAAUUACCAACGUGUUAAUACAUUUGAGUAAAUUUCACCCCUGUUGUACCGGUCCUUAUUUUAAUUGCGAAGUAUUUGUAUUGCCUUUCUGGCCUUUAAUGAUUAAAUUAUUCUUUAAAGUAAAUCAGUUAUCUUGUUCGUGUGUGUGUGUGUGUGUGUGUACGAGGAAUAUACCUCAGCUGUGUUUUAUAUGUAUGUCACAGACUAAUUGUAAGCUUCCGCCUUUUCCAAAUGGCGUCGUCAUUUUACAAACGUGAACCGUUGUGCAAAUUGCAAGAAAAUAGCAAACCAUGGUCACCCUUAGACAACCAUCACGCUUACUUUGACAAUAUUGAGGCAAUUUGCAUUACAUUUCACGUUUGUAAACCGAUUGUAAAAGCGGAAUCUUACAAUUUGACUGCGACAUAUAUAUCCCAAAUCCGGAAAUGUCAUGUUGCACAGUACAACUGUCAUUUCAGUACAAAAUAGAAGACAGAUAGCGUAGUAGAUUUUAGUUGGAUAUAAAAUCGAUAAUUUAGUGUACCUACAACAUGUCUUUUUUAUUUGAACCACAUCUUUAAGAUAAGCAUUUGGAAUUAUUUAAAAUCGGAUAAACCAAAACAUUAUAUUCACUAAUAAGGCAGUGUUUAUCCAAAGUGGGGGUUCGGACCACAGCAGGGUCGCGAAGGCUCCAUAAGGGGAGCGGGGAGUUGCAAGAACAACACUGAUUGUCAUAAACUGUGGAGGACGGAUGAUUUCUUUUUGUGUCGUAGCGUGCGCUGUACAUUUAUUUAGUAUAUUAUUUGUAUUAGUUAGACCUAAUGGAUGACAGAUGAUGUGAUGUGAUGAUUCGGAUAGUUACGAGAUACCUUCUGAUUCCGAGUAUGACGAAAGCAAUUUUUGGACGCAGGCUAAUCGAGCAGAUCAAGUGCUCAGAAAAAUAAAAUAUAAAUUUAUUUGCGACAUUCGCGUAUUUUAUAUUCGUCACAUACCUACCUAAUAACGAAAUUCUAAAGUGAGUCUUCUUGUUACAUGUAUUACAGCAUUAAAUUAUUAUGAAAACAUC